AUGCAAGCAAUGUUAUCUCCAAUUCAUAAGCCAAUCCCAAACCCGCAUCAGGCAUUUAUCCAAUCAGAUCUUCACUGGGCGUGGCCAAAUAAUUUGACCAAUCAAAACGUUGUGUAUUCUUCGAUGCAGGCACAUGAAAGUGUCCUAUUAUGUGGUGGAUUGGUAGGAAGAGCUAGCGAAAGCACUGUCAACUUAACAGUGACACAGCUACAGCACCACCGGCAGGAGAUGAUGAAAGCAACCUUACUACAGCAGCAGCAGCAGCAGCAGCGUGGGUUACCGAUGCUGCCCUUAGAUCUGGAAUUCUAUAGGCAGAGCCACAAAAGCAGAGACAGUGACAGAGGCUUCUUCCAGGCCACAAAACAUCAACAAUCAGUCCAGCUCUCAUUGAACCAACAAAAGUUGACUAUUCAAGCACGGCAGCAAAAUCAAGCUUUGUUUGAGAAAGAACAACAUUAUCAUCAUCAACAUUUACAGCAGCAGCAGCAGCAGCACCACUACCGACAACAACAUCAAGAAUUUCCGUGUGGUCCAUCAGGCAGCAUGAGAAGUGCUUUAGUUUCUUUUCCAGGUCGACACGCAAUGUCUCCUGCAGUUCCUAUUCCAGUCCGGCUGAUGCUGCAACAGCCAGUGAGAGUAUCCUGUGCUUCGCCUGGAGCCACACCAUUUUCCUCUUCGUCUUCUCCAACGUUACCCCAACCAAGCCCUCAAACAUCUGGAGGUCAAAAACCUGGACAUCUGUUGUCACCACCUCUUAUUGCAGACACAGUCGAACAUCAUUGGUGGAGCAUUCAUUCCCAAAACGACACUCACCAGUCAGCACUGCCAACUUUACUACCGCCUACUCAUCCAAUCUUAUACCGACCUGUGUCUCCUCUAAAUAAUCCCAGAAUUCACGCGUAUCUAUCCCCGCAGCUGACGCCCCUUUGCCGGGACAUGGCUCUAUUUGACAGACCUCCUCCAAGACGCUGUCGACGGUGUAGGUGCCCUAAUUGUGUGAACAGCUCAAACAAUCCGGGGUCAUCUUCCAAUAAACGCCGAAUGCACAUAUGCCACUACCCAGGUUGCGGGAAGGAGUACGGAAAAACAUCCCACCUGAAGGCACAUCUCCGAGGACACGCCGGCGAACGUCCGUUUAUAUGCAGAUGGUUGUACUGCCAGAAACGAUUCACAAGGUCCGACGAGCUGCAGCGCCAUUUGAGAACACACACUGGGGAGAAGAACUUUCAGUGCAGCGACUGCGGCAAGAGAUUUAUGAGAAGCGACCACCUCAGCAAACAUAUCAAAACUCACGAGGUCAAGAAGGAGGAAGAUGUCGGUAAAUCUGGAGCCAAACGCAACUUCCACGAGAAGGGAAGUCCCCAUUGUGAAUCUCAGGAACAUUCAGAGAACAGCAGUAGUGAGGACUGUAUGGACUCCAGUGACGAAGACAUCGAUGUUGGUUGCAGCGAGUUCCCAGACUGUUACUCCUACUGCCAUCAUUCGUACAGAGACCAGACUUCAAGUGUGGACAAUUUUGAUAUUGACGAUGAUGGCAGUGACGAUAACUGA